GGCGGUGUACUUCUUCCGCAGCCUUCGCGUCGUUCUGUUCGCUUCAUCACCACAUAUCCCUAGCCCUUUUCACCGCUUACAAUGGGGGAUGAUCCCAUUGCAGAAGCGAGAACACCAUCCACCACACAUGGAAAAUCUGCUGCUCGAAAGGUUCCUCGCUCUAAACCUCUAAAGCGCAGGAGUCUGCUCGGUGCUGGUGGUGACUCAACUCCUCGUGUCCUCAUUCCUACCGACAACAAGUCCACCAAAGACAAAGAGAUGGCGGCCAGUUUCUUGCAGUACUGCGCCAUGUGCGAGAAACAGAUCUCUCACCCCUCCAACAACAUCCUCUAUUGCAGCGAAGCAUGCCGCCGCAAAGACUCUGCCAAACCCUUAUCCGCCUCGACAAUUUCCAUCUCCUCUCCUCCACUCUCCCCUCGUGCGACCACACCUAUGCGCAACACCAAGUCGUCGUCAGACUACUUCACCCCCUCCACCCGGAUACCGAGCGACAUCCACCACUUCAAAUCGGAUCUUGACCCCACCGAGUGGAAGCCAAAAUUACCACGCUCCGUCUCUGGCGCUUCCGAGGCCUUUCGCUACCUCUCGCGUUUCCAUGAUACUACGAAAUGGAACCCGAACAACUUGGAAAAUGACCAGGACCGGCCACAGACACUGCGUCACAAGAGCACGGCAAGCCUGAGCACAAUGACCACACCAAUGCCAAGUCUAGGUAACACUCCGACCACUGCGUCAACCAGCUUCGACAGCCACUACGACUUUGCGUUCAACUUGCGCCCUCUCCCACCGCGUCAGAACCCACUGUACUCGGCCAGUGCAGGUCACGCAAAGGGCAUCGACCUGGUCACACCACAUAUCCCGCCCCCGCUCGACCUCGCGGGCUCGAGCUCGGUUCCGAACGACUUCGACCAUGAUUUUUGGGGGAAGAAGGUUGUUGUGCCCGGUUCUACCCCACGUACUAAGGGUGAUGGGCUUGGUGCACUAUUCGGGAAGGAGAAGUAGAGCAAUACUCUUUCAACUCUUUUGACUGGUUUGCAGGCGAGGUCGUGUGGUGGGAAAGCGGAAACGAGGCUCGAUGGGCACGCGGGAUGCAUGGACUUCCGUAUUCUCCUUCUCCUUUUUCUGUUGGUGGCGAGUAAACGAGUAGGUGAAAGCGAGGGUUGAUACCAGUGACAAGCAUAUGAGGAGGAAACCGUUUCGUUGUAUCGUUAUGUCGGGAAACAUAAGGACAAUGCCGGUCCCUUUCGCGCAGUGAGACCUUCCUAGUACAAGCCACAGAAGAGAGAUGGUCGGUGGCCCCCCUUCCUGGGCAGCGCGGCAUGACAUGUUUUCCGACUCACAAAGCUGAGAUCUCAGAAUCUACUUUUGCAAAGACCGUGGGGACUUUGAGAACGUUUUGCAAUGGACACCUGGUCCAUGAACGGUCAGCGACAGUGUGGUAUCAAGAGUCUUCGCUGUCGUCACGUUUGGCGCUUACGCUCCUCUACUGGAGGCGCCAAAGAUCCACAGAUGUCAAGCAUGGGUAGUAUGGGCAAUGUCGACAAGAAAUCCCUCGUCAUUUCGAACAUGUAAGGCAAAUUGCAUUCAUCACAGUAUACGAUACGCACUUUAC